UAAAAGAACCUGCUCUGUUAUUGAUGUCCAAGGGGAUGGGACUGCUCAGAUAAAGAUUGACCCCGUUCCAGCCCUGACUGAGCUCCAGAAACUAACUAAAGAAACACUGUCCAGCAAAGAUGGGAAGAUGCCAAGAGUACAAAUCCUGUCUUUUACUCUGGGAUCACCAAAGGAGGAUGCUUCAGUGGCCACACUUCCUUCAUCUGUGUCAGUGCCACUACAAGAUGAGCAGGAUCUAAUGGAGGGACAGAGUAUUUCAGCAGCAGUUCCUACACCAGGAGAGGAGACACACACUUGUUCUCUCCCAGUUAGCCAUUUCUGGUAUGUGAGCCACAUCUACCAGGAGGAAAUAAAACGUAUAGAGAAAGAGACUGGAGUUAAAAUCGAUGCGGAUGUUAAGGUGACCUUUAAAGCGGGCCAGAAAGAUGGAAGUCCAGCCACUGCUUUAUCUGAGUUCAUUAACCUCGCCCAGAAGAGUUUAGGUGAAUCUGAGGGCUCUGUCAUUCCUCUCGAGUACACAGAUCCAGAGGAGUGGAGGGACACACUGAAAAUAAUCCAGAAAAAGGAGAACAAGCUCUUGCUUACUCUAAACUCUGAAAAAAUGAUCAUAUGUGGGCCAAGACAAAGUCAAGAUCGCAUCAAAAAGACCUUAAAUACAUCACAGAAAACCUUAAGAAAUGCCAACACUUCUGUUGGAGACUCAACAUGGGCACCUCAAGACAUAACACAGACAAUUGACAUGACCAACAAAGACCCGCUGGCUGAUUCUGGACUAACCAUGGAGGAGACCUACUGGAAGCUGUUGACUACUUCCCUCAGUGGGGUGUUAGCUAACAUCAAAGCUAAGUUUGGCGUUCAUUUUAAAGAAUCAGACAUCGGUCAAGGCAAAGUCAUCGUCAAAGCUUGUCACAAAUCUGGAGGAAAUGCCUCCAUGGAGAGCCAUGCUGUCAGAGCUCUUCUUAAUCAGUACCAGAAGUGUGCCACAUCUCCCAUGAGUUUUAACCAAGACUACAGUGGAUCUACAUUGAAUGGAGCAGCCAAAGAAGAGGGAGCAACAGCAGGAGACAAUGAAGAUGAAAAAUGCUCUAUAUGCUUGGACACAUUUACCAAUAAGACACAGCUAAAGUGUAAACAUGAAUUUUGUAAGGAUUGCCUGUCAAAGUCAGUGGAAACCUUGGGACCCAUCUGUCCUCUCUGCAAAGAUGUCUUUGGAACAGUACAGGGAAACCAGCCUAAUGGAAAAAUGACAUGGACGACACAGCGCACACCUCUCCCUGGAUUUUCAGGCUGCGGCACUAUAGUCAUCACCUAUGAUAUGCAAGGUGGAACACAGACGUUAAUUCAUCCUAAUCCUGGACAGAGGUAUUCUGGUAUUAGGAGAGAAGCAUAUCUUCCAGACAACAGGGAAGGAAAAGAAGUGCUGCAGCUGUUGAAGAGAGCGUUCGAUCAGAAGCUUAUUUUCACUAUUGGGACAUCCAGAACCACUGGGCUGGACAACCAGGUGACCUGGAACGACAUUCACCACAAGACCUCAAUGUCAGGAGGACAACAGGGUUUUGGGUAUCCUGACCCUGACUAUCUCAGCAGAGUCCGGGAGGAGCUGAAGGCUAAAGGCAUCGAGUGAAGACGUGAUACAAAGUGGAUGAGGAGGGUUGUGUUCACAAGUCUAACUUUACAUACAGAAAUACAUUUUAAGAAUGAAGAUUAUUUAAAACGGGCAAUUUUGGAAUGGACACAAUAUUGUAUUAUCUAUUUUCAUUUUAUGAAUAAGGGUUGCUUCAAAGUCUAUUCAAUGCAUUAACAGCUUGUGAAUUUAUUGUUAAGAAGCAUGUGCUACACACUAUUACUCUAUCUUCAUCUAUUGAACAUUGUAUUUUCUUUGAAGGAUUUUCUUGUUUUAAUUAAUCAAGAAAACUUAUAACAGAAAAAGAAUGCAACAUGAACACAGUACAUGUAACUUUAUUUUAUGCCUAAAUUACACAUGAUGUGAUUUAAAGUUUGCCUAAUAAAUGAUUAAACCAACCUACACUGACUCAUUGCAAUAUUUUUGUUAUCAGUACAGGCUGUGAACAAAACACAAAACACAUUGGCUUGUUUUCUGUA